AGGGGCCUAUUCCCUGGCACUGGUCGUUGAACAGAGGCGAGGACUGCAGGACAUUUAGGUCGUUGUUCAACCCUGCCACACCGAAGUAGGUAUGUCAAAUCCACAGGCGCUGAUCGGCAACGGCUUCCAGAAGAAAUGGAAUAAAAAACAAAAUCAAAAAAAUCAAAAAAAAAAUAGGUGAGAGGGGCGACCGACGGCCCUUCCUCCACAAUGGAGGGCCGAUCGGAGGGCCCUUCUCAACGGCUAGGGCUGAUAUAUCGGCCAUAUGGGGGAGAGAGGGAUGGGGCGGACGACGGCCCCUUUUCCACUCGACGUUUGAGAAUCCGCCCGACGAGCGCGAGUUUGCGGUGUCAAGGCUGCGGCCGCUCUGAAAUUGGGGCAAUGGGGUUUGGAUUUGGCCUCAGAGAGAGGAGGAAAAUGGAAUUUCGGUGGGAGACAAGGUGGAGGUUUGGAUUGAGAGAAAUUGCGCUUGGUUUCCGGCUGUGAUUGUUAGGUAUUUGGGGAAUGGGGUUUAUUCCGUGGAUAAAAAUGGCGAAGAAGAAGAGGUUGGAUGUGGUCGUAUUAGGCCUUGCCCUCCAGUUCUAUGCGAUGGAAAAUUUGGGGUUUCUGAGAAAGUGGAUGCGUUCUUCAAUUGUGGGUGGUGGAGUGGAGUGAUUCAGAAGAAGGUUACGAAGAAGAAUGAGUACAUUGUGUUUUUUGAGCAAAAUGAUUCUACUAAGCAGUUGGAUCGGUCUGCAUUAAGGCCGCAUUUGGUAUGGACGGAUGAGAAAUGGGUCAUUGAAUCGUCCACAAGUAAAAGAAAAUCCACCUUUUCUGAUUCUAGGGCUUCUCCGAAACAGAAACAGAAACAGAGCACGUUGAUGAAAUACAGGAUGUACACAUUCCACCCAUGUUGCCAUUGAUUGAUAAUGAUGAUGAUUCUGUGCAGAAACUGCCGUUUGUGAAAAGUAAUGCUAUCUGGAAAUCCAUGGAGUCGAUGGAGGAGCUGCUGCAUCAGAGGCCACAUUUUGAGCCACUGCUUGCUGUCAAGGAGAACGAGCGGGAGGGGUUGGCGAUAGGAUGUACGGUGACGUUCAUGGAUGUGGUGGAGGCGAACCGCAGCUUGAAGUUCAGUGACCCGAAGAGUGUGAUGGAGGACCUGCAGGAGACGCUGUUGGACUUGGAAAGGUAUGGUUUCCAAGUUGGGGCGGUGAGGGAGCGGGUGAUGAAGUUGUUGUAGGCGAAGGAGAAGGAGGAGACGACUAAGGGGAUAAUGGAGCAGGUUGAGGUGCAGAGU